AUGCCAAAAAGAACAACCUUAAUGGAUACACAAAAAUUUGAAUUCUGUGUCUACACCCGUGAUAAUAAGAGAACCCACCCAGAAUAUGUGAAGUGGAUUAAAGACAAAUGGAGGGUUAAAAUUAAUGAGUCUACGGUCACUCGAAUCUUACAAACUAAGGACCAACGACUUUCAAAUGAAAUCGUAAAUCCAGAUGCCAAUGCAAAUCUUUCAGAUGAUCUUCAUGAAGCUGGUGAUUCAAGGCUUGAAAAUCUUAUUAGGUCACUAAAUACUCUCUGUCUUCCAAAUGCAAUGGAAACUGAUGAAUUCUUAAAUUUUAAUGGUGAGGAGAUUGUUUACGAAGUUUUCCCGGAGGAUCAAAUCAUUAAGGAGCUAGCUUAUAUGUUCAGAAAUGAUGAAAGUAUUGAAGUUAUGGAUGAAGGAAAUAUUGAGGUAAUGGAUAAAGAGGAAGAUGAUAGUGUGGAACCUGCAGUUGUUAGUGGUAGUUCGGCAUUGAAUAGCUUGAAAAAUGUUCGGAUGUUUUUACUUCAGCAGGAAGGCUUGGAUGAUCAAUUAAAAUCAAUUAAUUUUCUUGAGAAAUUUAUUAGAAAAAUGAUGUCAAGUUCUGCUCAGCAAACUUGCAUAGAUGAAUAUUUUAAGACAUAA